ACUAUGUCAUCAGACUAUUCCUUCUGCAGCGAAGGAGGCUUCGACGAGCUCUCGAGCUCCUCAGAUUCUGGCUUUGACGUAAGCUUCGAAUCUCCGAAACACGAAAUACCGACGGAUCUUUUCUCCACCGCGAAAGAGGAAAAACGGAAGAAAUCUCGAAAUUCUCGCUGCAAGAGUCCCACCCAGGUGCUCCGAUUGAAAAGAAACCGGCGCAUAAAGGCGAACGAUCGGGAACGACACAGGAUGCAUACCUUGAACGACGCUUUGGAACGACUGCGCAUGGCACUGCCGACAUUUCCGGAGGACACGAAAUUGACGAAAAUCGAAACGCUGCGGUUCGCCCACAACUAUAUCUGGGCAUUGUCGCAGACCCUAGGGAACGCCGAAUCCGGGGAGAUCACGGUGAAUGUGGGAAACGUGACGGUGAGCAUAAGCGAGAACGGAAACAUGAUCACCUCCUCGACCGGAAGCUGCGCAGUGGCGGCACAAAAGCGGCUUGGACCGGCACAUUCGGCGUUUCCGUAUCCACAAGAGAGAUUCAUGCCGGAAUGGCAGGAGUACGACUGCUACAGCGACCAAAGUGUCAGUCCUCCGAUGCAAUAUCAGCCCUGUUAUGACCAGAGAAUGUAUACCCACCAUGGACAGCAUCAACUGCAGCAGCCCCAUCACAUGGUGCACCAUAACAGCAUGUACCAGUGUUUGUAG